UGAUUGGCUAAGGUUUCGCACGUAAUCCAAGUUGACCCCCCAAACAACUUUAACCAAACCAGAGCCAUAGAAGGAGAGAACUCUGAACCAAACGAACACGGAGACGCCAAAACACGAAAGGCUUGAGUUUAUCAGAAGAGAUUAGAUGCAGAUUUCAGUUGUGUGUUUAUGAAGAAUGAGAGGCCAAUGGAUCCACUAACAGCAUUUAAGAGAUCAGACGUAAUGGAACCCGUCUGUAAAAAGAUGAAGAUUGAUCAGCCUGUGAAUCAACCACAAUAUAUGUGUCCUCAAUUCAGCCAUGAUCCUAAAUUUAAUGAAGACCUGAACACAUUUAAAUCAAAUCUGAGAGAGAAGUUUCAGUGUUUGUUUCCAGGAACAUCAAAGCAGAGAAACCCAACACUACUGAAUGAGAUCUACACAGAGCUCAACAUCACAGAGAUUAAAAGUGGAGAGGCAGAAGAGACACCAAUCAAAUGUAAUGACAUCUUUAAACCUUCACCUGAACAACACAAACACAUCAGAAGUGUGCUGACGAAUGGAUUCGCUGGCUUUGGAAAAACAGUCUCUGUACAGAAGUUCAUUCUGGACUGGGCUGAAGAGAAAGAGAAUCAGGACGUCCACCUCAUAUUUCCACUUCCUUUCAGAGAGAUCAAUUUGAUGAAGGAAAAAACACUCAGUCUUUUAGAUCUUCUUCAUCUUUUCUUCCCAGAGACAAAAGAAAUGGAAAUCUUUAGUGAUAAAUAUAAAGUGUUGUUCAUCUUUGAUGGUUUGGAUGAAUGUCGUCUGUCUCUGGAUUUUAAAAGCAAACUGAAGUUGUGUGAUGUACGUAAAUCAACCUCAGUGCACGUGAUGCUGACUAACCUCAUUAAGGGGAAUCUGUUUCCCUCUGCUCUCAUCUGGAUCACCUCCAGACCAGCAGCAGCUGAUCUCAUCCCCUCUGAGUGUGUUGAUCGAGUCACAGAGGUACGAGGCUUCAGUGAUCCACAGAAGGAGGAAUACUUCAGGAAGAGAAUCAGUGAUGAGAGUCUGUCUGAUCAAAUCAUCUCACAUCUGAAGUCAUCCAGGAGUCUCUACAUCAUGUGCCACAUCCCAGUGUUCUGCUGGAUUUCAGUCACUGUUCUAGAGGGAAUAUUGAGUAAAUCAAUAAUAAGAAGAAGAGAGAUCCCCAAGACUCUCACUCAAAUGUACACACACUUCCUGAUCAUUCAGACGGACUUCCUUAGAAAUCAGAAGGACUAUAAGAAAAAUAAAGAGAUGAUCUUUAAACUGUGUAAACUGGCUUUUGAACAUCUUCUAAAAGGCAAUCUGAUCUUCAAUGAUGAAGACCUGAGAGAGUGUGAAAUUGAAAAAUCAGAAGCAUCAGUGUACUUAGAAUUGUUUACUCAGAUCUUCAGAGAGGAGUUUGGUUUGUGUCAGAGAAAAGUUUACAGCUUUGUUCAUCUGAGCAUUCAGGAACAUCUAGCAGCUCUACAUGUGCACUUUAGCAAUGCAAUGUCGACUGCAUUUAUAAUGAAUCCAAAUCCUUUAAUACUUGAUGUGUAUCAGAGAGCUAUAGAUGAUACUAUGAAGUGUAAAAAUGGACAUCUGGGUCUUUUUCUUCGUUUUCUUCUGGGUUUGUCACUGCAGUCGAAUCAGAAUCUCAUACCAGGUCUGAGGUUACUGACAUGCUACGACUUUCUGGUCAAUGAGAUAACAAUCAAAUACAUAAAAGAGAAGAUCAGGAAGAAUCCUUCACCAGAGAAAUCUAUCAAUCUGCUUCACUGUCUAGAAAAACUGGGUGAUCCUUCACUAGUGGAAGAAGUCCAUAAAUAUCUGACAUCUAUAACAUUAAGUAAAAGCAAACUCUCUUCAUAUCAGUGGUCAGCUUUAGUUUUGUUGAUGCUGACAUCAAAACAGAAGCUGAAGAAGUUCGAUAUGAAUACGUUUCUUAAAGGAAUCAGUGCUGAAUCACUGAAAGUUCUUAAGGAGCUGCUGCCUGUGAUUUGUGAAUCCAGAUCAGUUCAAGUGACGCCCCAGCCAAACCAGUUGAUUCAUUGCAGUUUGGUGAAGCAUCCGUUCGAAAAAUCACGUCAAAACAUCACGUCCUGGUGUAUAAGUUACAGUGAAUGCACUGUAAAUGAGAGACGAAGGUUGUAUUUGUGUAAUAUCACAGAGGAAGGUUGUGUUGCUCUGUUUUCAGCUCUGAGAUCAAACCCAUCACAUCUGAGAGAACUAAAUCUGUCUGAUAAUAAACUGAAAGAUUCAGGAGUAAAGCUGCUCUCUGCUGUAAUGGAGGAUCCUCACUGUAAACUGCAGAUACUGAAGUUGAGUAAAUGUAAUAUCACAGUUGAAGGUUGUGCUGCUCUGACUUCGGCUCUGACAUCAAACCCAUCACACCUGAGAGAACUGAAUCUGUCUAAUAAUAAAAUUGGAGAUUCAGGAAUGGAGCAUCUCUCUGCUGUACUGGAGAAUCCUAGGUGUAAACUGGAGAGACUCUGGUUGUGUUGUUGUAAUAUCACAGAUGAAGGUUGUGUAGCUCUGUCUUCAGCUUUGACAUCAAACCCUUCACACCUGAGAGGACUGAUUCUGCCUUUUAAUAAUCUUGGAGAUUUAGGAGUGAAGUUGCUGUCUGCUGUACUGGAGAAUCCUCAGUGUAAACUGGAGAUGCUGAGGUUGAGUCAAUGUAAUAUCACAGAUGAAGGUUGUUUUGCUUUGACUUCAGCUCUGAGAUCAAACCCAUCACACCUGAAACAUCUGAAUUUGUCUCAUAAUUAUCUGGGAGAUUUAGGAGUGAAGCUGAUCUCUGAUCUGAAAAAUGAUUCAAAUGAUAAACUGAGAAGAAUCACAGUGAAGUUGAACAAGAGUUAAAACAAUUGGCCUUCACCAUUGGCCUCUUCAGUCAACACAAGCAAAAAGACUUUAAGACAACAUCCUGGGCCCAGUUUUUCAAAAGUAAUCCACUAGGAUUUUGGAUAACGGAUUGGAUCAAAUCUUGAAAAUGUUUUUUUUAAAAGAAAAAAACGGAUUACAUAAUUGAAAUAGAUCACGUAAUCCAAUCUGGGUUUUGAUCCGGAUCAAACCUUUAGUUUGGGUUUUUCAGAACUUUUUUGUUGGAUUUGGAUCACUUUGAUCCAAAAAAAUCAGAAGGGUGGAUUCAGCGUGGAUUUCAUGUAAUGAAAACUUUAAAAAUGUAUCAAAUAAUACUAUAUUUGGAUCAUGCAGUAUCUUGCAAGAUAAGAAACAUGUUUUGACAAAAAUGGAUUUAUCUCGUUUUGCAAUGAAAUCUUCAUAUAUUCAGUGUUUGUGUUGUAGGUCUCAGAUGAGCGGACUGCUGAAAGAGGAUGGGGUGGGGUUUUUCUUGUUUUUAGUAAACUUUAGUAAAUUAGUAAACUAUUCUUCCUAAGUGCUAGGAUACUGUACAUUUCAACAUUUGAUAGAGACAUGAGAAGAAAUAGAUGCUGAGUCAAGUGUGUACUGUAUUCAUUAUGAUCCCAAUAAGUGUUCACGGAUAAGAUGAACACUUUUUUAAUAAUGGGGAAAGACAGAGAUUGAAAGAUCGCUCCACUAAUGAGAAACAUUGUGAUUACGUGAAUGUGUGAAGGUAUAAAAUAUUAAGGGUAAUCCAAAAACAAACAUUGCUGUUCAUCCUGCACUUUGUUAAAAAAUGUAAUGUGAAGCUCUAUCAUGUGAUUGUUUCAGCUGGCUAUCAUUAAAGUUUUAAGUUAGGACACCUGUGAGGUUACCAUAAUGUUAAGACCGUUUUUAGGAUGUUUUGUCAAGUUAGGAUGCUUCUGUAAUACCACAUAUUCAGUCUACAAAGAUGUUACUCUGUUCCUUUCCCAUGUCAAAAAAUGCCAGUAACCAAAUCA